AUGGAUGCCUCUACUCUUUCACGCAUAGGCCUAGCUGGUCUAGCCGUGAUGGGUCAGAACUUAGCCCUAAACAUAGCUGAAAAAGGUUUCCCAAUUUCAGUCUACAACAGAACAACUUCAAAAGUCGACGAAACCCUUCACCGUGCUCAAUCCGAAGGGCCAUUUCCUUUAACUGGUCAGUACUCUCCUCGUGAUUUUGUUCUCUCAAUCCAACGGCCCAGAUCCAUCAUCAUCUUGGUCAAAGCUGGAAACCCUGUUGAUCAAACGAUUUCUGCUUUGACUGAGUUCAUGGAGCCUGGUGAUACUAUCAUUGAUGGUGGGAAUGAGUGGUAUCAAAAUACUGAGAGGAGGAUUCAAGAAGUGGGAGAGAAAGGGAUUCUUUAUUUGGGCAUGGGGGUUUCGGGUGGUGAAGAAGGUGCGCGACACGGGCCUUCCUUGAUGCCUGGGGGAUCUUUCGAGGCUUAUAAGAAUAUUGAGUCUGUUUUGAAGAGUGUUGCUGCUCAAGUUGAUGAUGGACCUUGUGUUACUUAUAUUGGUGAAGGGGGUUCUGGGAAUUUUGUUAAAAUGGUCCAUAAUGGGAUUGAGUAUGGAGAUAUGCAGUUGAUUUCGGAAGCUUAUGAUGUUUUGAAGAAUGUUGGUGGGCUUUCCAAUGAUGAAUUGGCGGAGAUUUUUGGGGAGUGGAACAGAGGAGAGUUGGAAAGUUUUUUGAUUGAGAUUACGAGUGAUAUUUUUAAGGUUAAGGAUGACUUGGCUGAUGGGGAUUUGGUGGAUAAGAUAUUAGAUAAGACUGGAAUGAAGGGGACUGGGAAAUGGACUGUUCAGCAAGCUGCUGAGUUGUCCGUUGCUGCGCCUACAAUUGCUGCGUCGUUGGAUUGUAGGUAUUUGAGUGGGUUGAAGGAGGAGAGGGAGAGUGCGGCAAAGAUUUUGGAGCAAGCUGGGUUGAAGGAGGAAGUGGGGAGUGUUAAGAGUGGGGUUGAUAAGAAGAGGUUAGUUGAUGAUGUGAGGCAAGCGUUGUAUGCGUCCAAGAUUUGUAGUUAUGCUCAGGGGAUGAAUUUGUUGAGGGCUAAGAGUGUUGAGAAAGGGUGGGAUUUGAAUUUGGGUGAGUUAGCUAGGAUUUGGAAAGGUGGGUGUAUUAUCAGGGCUGUGUUUUUGGAUAGGAUUAAGAAGGCUUAUCAGAGGAAUCCAAACUUGGCUAGUUUAGUUGUAGACCCGGAGUUUGCUAGGGAGAUGGUGCAGAGGCAGGCUGCAUGGAGAAGAGUUGUGGGGUUGGCGAUUUCAGCUGGAAUUAGCACUCCGGGAAUGUGUGCUAGUCUUGCCUAUUUUGAUACUUAUAGACGUGCUAGGCUGCCAGCAAAUCUUGUUCAGGCUCAGAGGGACUUGUUUGGGGCUCAUACUUAUGAGAGGACUGAUCGUCCAGGGGCAUUUCAUACUGAGUGGACAAAACUUGCUCGCAAGAGCAAUGCUGGCGUUGGUGCUUUCAAUUGA